CGCCGCGUCUCGCACGCACGCACGCAGCAGCCUACCGCGCCGCCCACGCCCGCGAGGCCUCUGGCACGCGAACACGCACGCAGGUGCUGCACGCACUGCCGCUGCCACCAGCCCGCGCCCAACGUUGCGAAUUUUACUCGGCUCCCAAAAUGGCGCUACGGUAUCAAACUGAGGACCUACAGCAGCUGAGCCAGAGGUCAUAAGUAGACGAGCAGCCGGCAGCAGCCAUGAUGGGGUGCGGAGGUUCCCGCGGGCUGUGCCCCUGCGUGCGUGCCAAGGGCCUCAGCGCCGCACAGGACAGCGACUCGGACGCCAGCGACGCCAGCUCCGCCAAAAGCACCCACCACCACCAGCCGCAGCAGCAGCAGGGCGGGGGUGGCUCCUGUCCGCCCGCCAGCGGACUGCUCGCCGCGCUGUUCCGUUGCCGCAAGGCGCGCAAGAGCGAGUUCAGCAUGCCCAAGGUCGAGAGGACUAUGAAGGCGGCGAUCCUGAUCCAGCGCUGGUACCGCCGCUACCUGGCGCGCAUGGAGGUCCGCCGCCGCUACACGUGGACCAUCUUUCAGAGCAUCGAGUACGCUGGUGAGCAGGACCAGGUCAAGCUGUACAACUUCUUCAACGCGCUGUUGACACACAUGCCGGACCCCACGGUGCCUCGACCGGUGGGGACGGAGGUCGCCAAGAGUCCCACCUCAGGGUCGGCGGGCGCGCAGCCGGCGGACGACGAGUCCAGCGACGGAGGACUCAGCCCGGUGGACAGCACCUACAAGGGCAUCCACGUCGGCUCGCCGCUCUCCAGGGCAGACCUCGACAACCUCAUCGACUGCUUCCGGAAAAAGAAGCAGCCGCACCGCUUGCACGCACGUUACGUGGCCAGCAUCCUGCGGGAGGCCGCCGCCGCACUCAAGCGGCUGCCCAACCUCAACCAGGCCUCCACCUCCGUCAGCAAGCAGGUCACCAUCUGCGGCGACCUGCACGGCAAGCUCGAGGACCUGCUCGUCAUCUUCCACAAGAACGGGCUGCCAUCCACGGAGAACCCGUACGUCUUCAAUGGUGACUUCGUGGACCGCGGGAAGAAGGGCCUAGAGGUGCUACUGCUAUUGCUGGCCUGUCUGCUCGUGUUCCCCGGCGGAGUCUUCCUCAACAGGGGCAACCAUGAGGACCACAUCAUGAACACGAGAUAUGGGUUCAUCAGAGAAGUGAGACUGAAGUAUCGGCAAAACGCAGACCGGCUUCUCAAGCUGAUCGAGGUGGUGUACCGGUCUCUGCCGCUGGGCACAGUCGUCAACAACAAGGUGCUGGUGGUGCACGGCGGCAUCUCCGACAUCACCGACCUGGAGUGGGUGCGCUCUCUGGACAGACACAAGUACGUGUCUCUGCUGCGGCCGCCCGUCACGGACAGCCAGGCGCCUGGGGCGGAGCUCAUCGACAAGAUGGAGUGGAAGCAGGUGUUCGACAUCCUGUGGAGCGACCCGCAGCCGGCGGAGGGCUGCGUGCCCAACUCGCUGCGCGGCGCCGGCACCUACUUCGGCCCCGACGUCACGGACAAGUUCCUGCAGAAGCACAAGCUGCAGUUCAUCGUUCGCUCGCACGAGUGCAAACCCGGCGGCUACGAGCUCACGCACGGCAACAAGGUGAUCACCAUCUUCUCGGCGUCCAACUACUACGAGCUGGGCUCGAACAAGGGCGCCUACCUGAAGCUGGUGGGCAGUGAGCUGUCGCAGCACUUCGUGCAGUUCACGACGGCCACGUCGCGCGCCAAGCGACUCACCUUCCGGCAGCGCGUCGGACUCGUCGAGAGCUCCGCCAUCCGGGAGCUCAGCACGCAGAUACUGGCCUGCCGGGACGCGCUCCUCGCAGAGUUCCGAACUCACGAUCCCGGCGACACAGGCUUUAUCACGGUGAGCGAGUGGUGCGCGGCCAUGGAGGCCAAGACGGGUCUGACUCUUCCGUGGCGCAUGCUGAAGGACAAGUUGGUCAGCGUGGACCCGUCUUCCGGCCGCGUGCAGUACGUCACCACGUUCCAGGAGCAUCUGCCGGGCCGCAGAGCCGUCGUGAGUAGAGCUCGCAGCACGCUCACGACCGAGACAACGGUGGCUGAAACGCUGUAUAGAAACAAAUCAAGCUUGGAAGCCAUCUUCAGGAUAAUAGACAAAGACAAUUCAGGUUACAUAUCGACGGAGGAGUUCUCGGACGCGUGUUCACUGCUGAGCGAACACCUGCAGAACCCCAUCUCGUCCGAGCAGCUGCUCGACAUCUGCCGCUCCAUGGACAUCAACAAGGACGGCCUCGUCGACCUGAACGAGUUCCUCGAGACCUUCCGGCUGGUGGACAUGGACCGCGACGAGGGCGACGACGACGAAUACGAGUCCCCAGAGGAGAGCACCCCGCGUGCCGAGUGAACACAGAACACAGCGACACCACUGGCGACAUCCAGCCAAAGCGGUCUCUGAUCAGGUGUAAGAACGCGUCAAGGGGACAGUGCGAGCGUGGUAUCUCGCAACGGCGUCGGACAUCUUCGCCGAACGACGUGGCUAUAAACCCCAGCAAAGUGUUCCAGAAGCUGAUCUCAAGAAGAUUUAGAAGUUUCAGUGUUGCGCGAUCCCACAAUUCAUGUUUCGUCCAUCACGUUCAAAGAUGCAGGAUGAACAGCGGUACAUGAAUUUCCUCAGCAUCAAUUAAGGAAGUGAUAUCAUACAGAUACUACCCUUCACAAUACUUGCUCCGUAUCGUGUCAUAUGGGUAGUAACCUACACAACGCUUGUUCCAUUUAAACUGAAGGCACAAUUUUAAGCGAACGUAGUAGAACUUCCUUAUAAAUGCACUGUUUCAAGUAAAGUGAACAGUACAGAACAGUGAAAAGAUAAAUAAAAAUCCAUUAUACAUCGCCAAGUUUAACUGGAACGGUACUUGUCUCUGAUGGUGAACUUAUCGAAGUUCUAAAUGCAGAACGUCGUGUCGACGUACUUAGAUGUUUAUAAUUUUAUUUUGUCGCAACUCUCUUCAAACGAAACCCAGUUUAUUAUUUUGCACAACAGGACUGCAGAAUGGACAGUGAAAACCUUAAUAGUUGUAGUGAAUCGAUCCGAAUAACCAGUUGUUCUUCGUUCAAUUUGUUCAGUGUGUUAAUUCUUUUUUAAGCACCUGUCAGUGUGCGAAACUGAUAAAAUUACGCGAGUGGUGAAUAUAAGUAUUCAAUACUCCCUAUGCACACUUCCAAGCUUUGUCUACAAAAUAACCAAAUAAUGAAGGCGGAGAAGAAUUACCGAUGUCAUAAGCGUAUCUGGCCUCAGAAAUCACGUGUGUUGUAUACUGUGUACUCUCGUUUGAAAUCUUCCUUUGAAGAAGGAAGCGUUUUUUGAGAUUAGUGGGAAAAGUCGCCCCACAGAUGAAGACUGUUUUAUUUACGAUAGAGAAGGAAAUGUGUCUGUAUUACAGUAAGAACAGAGAGUUACUCUUUCGAAAUCUAUGCGACACAUACAACAGGUUUUUCAAGUUUCCCUCGAUUCCUUGAUGCAACAUUCAAGAGCACCCAGAAACGAAAAUUUCCUAAACGUGUGACCAAAAUUUCACCACUAAUGUUCAUAAACAACAGUGAAGGUGGUCAUUACUUUUUCGUUCCUUCCGCAGUACAAUGUAAAAGUGUCACAUAUCAUAUAUCCCGGGUGUGUAUUGGUGAUAAGGCACUACGUUAACCAGUUAGUUCGAGUUUCCAGUAGCAGGAUAAUAUCUAGUCUAAGAAGAAUGCCCAAAAUGCUGGCUGUUCUGUACAUUCCCUGCAUGAUAUAUAUGUCUGUGUAGUGUACGAAGAACACACUAUAAUAGUGUUAUAAAAGACUAUGUGUAACAGGUUUUGUUAAAUGAAAAAUAUUUAUCACUACCGAGGCCACACUGGAUAGCUCGUUCUAUUCAGGAUUGUAACAUCAUCCCACAAAACCCCCUGCCAUUAUGGCGUGGUCGGUAUGCUAAGAAGAAGUAAUUUACUGU